GACUUACCCCUGGGCCGCUCUGCGUGCGACGUUGGUGACUGCGGGGUCAUGGCUGCUGUGUUGUGGUGAGGUGAGGAAGACUGAAAGUGUUUUCACGUGCGAAUGCCUGCAGCGUGGAGUGAUGUUGCGGUAAUCCUGAGAGCAGCGGUGGGAAAGAGAAAAGAGUGGGCAAAGACUGGGUAUGCGCUGUAAUUUGAGGGCGUGGUUCCUUCCGUGUGAAGCUACCGAGGAAAGCGCGACUGACGCUGGCAAGUGUUGUUGUCUAGAGGGUAACGUAGAAUGACGGCAUCGUGCAGCAACCCCGCGUUCCUAUUCUGUUCUCUGCUUCUGCUCUCCGACUCUCCAACCACUAACCUGGUCAUGUUGUGUUUGCCGCAUCAAGUGAAUCGCAGAUCGCGCAGGAACGCUAUCGAACAUUGCGCCAGAUGCACACCAUCACGUCCAUCAAUAGGCGCCACAGUGACUUGUGCAUUGCUACGCUACAUAGCUAAUAGUGGAGCUCUCUUGGGCUGCCGUGACAGCAUAGUGGCUGCAUGUGGCCGUGGUGUGAGUGGAGACCAGAGAACGGUCGUUCAGCAGCACACUCGGGCAAGACUCGAUGCAUCUAGCAAGGCCAUGUCACGCUUCUCUCAUAUCACGCGAGUGAGCGGCAGCUUCGAGUCAUCUAACAGCUACCGGCUUGUAGUUCCUACGUCUUCUCAUCCAAUUAGUCGAGGUUCAGUAACAACAUGACGAGUGCAGGUUGGAGCAGUAUUCUUCAGACUUUGCCGUGUGACAUCAAGCUCAACCAAGGUAUCGCAGCAAAUCGCGACGAUUUUAUCUGGCUGAGACUCAGACUACCAGAAGUGGUGGUCCAA